AUGGAGACUCCGUCGAACGCAAGACGCUCUGGACUAGCCGGUACCGCGAGAAAGACCCUGGGCAUCUGUCUGCUCCUGGUAGUGGUGAUACUAUGGACCGCGUCGAACUUUCUGGCUAGUACUCUCUUCUCGGAUGAUACGUACUCCAAACCGUUUUUCGUCACCUACCUGAAUACCUCAAUCUUCAUCCUGCCACUCUUCACAAUCGUCUCCAGCAGGCUCUGGAGUCUCUUCCGUGCGGGGAAAUUAUACCAGAUCCAGUCAUUUGAAACCCUACUACAACGCUUUGAUUCCAGUUAUUCAAGCGCUGAAUCUGAGCGCAUUCUCAGUCAUGACCAUGGCACUGGUCCUGGCGCCGAUUUUGGGCAUGGGCAUGGGCAUGAUGGUUCCGGAGCGUGGAGCGCUUCUAGGAGAGGUAGUGUGGGUAAAGGUCAUAGAAAAGAGAAAUUAGGUCUGAAGGAGACCGCGAAGCUGAGCUUUCAUUUUUGUUUGUUGUGGGCAAACUACUUCUCAAUGGCAUGUCUACAAUUUACUACCGUCGGCAGCACCACAAUCCUGACAUCUACCAGCGGCGUAUGGACCCUAAUCUUUGGCGCCGUGCUGCGCGUCGAGAAAUUCACCGGCCGCAAAUUUCUCGGCGUCAUCGCUUCACUGCUAGGCAUAAUCCUCAUAUCCCGCGUCGACCUCUCCGCAACCGACGACCCCAGCGCCGGCCGUGAUGGCAGUGGAAGCACAUUCCCACCCAAAUCUGCCGGCGAGAUCGCCCUAGGCGACGCGAUGGCCGCUUUCAGCGCCGUAAUGUAUGGCGUCUACACGGUCGUGCUGAAGCGACAAGUUGGCGACGAGUCCCGCGUCAACAUGCAGCUCUUCUUCGGCCUAGUCGGUGUCUUCAACAUGUUCCUUCUCUGGCCCGGUUUCGUGCUUUUGCAUCUAACUGGUGUGGAGCCCUUCGCCUUACCCAAUACCAGGAGAGUCUGGAUGAUUAUUCUCAUCAACGCGCUCUCCUCUCUCCUUUCCGAUAUCUGUUGGGCGUAUGCGAUGCUGCUUACGUCUCCGCUCGUUGUGACGGUGGGGCUUAGUCUGACGAUACCCCUUUCGCUGAUUUACGACGAAGCACGAUACAGAAACUAG